UUCAGGCGUUUGGACGGGAUGGAAAAAUCUGACCUGACAGAGAUGGUGCUGACCUGGCCGUUACAGAGAUCACGUAGCAGGGAGCAUUUCGAAACAGGACAUAUAAGUCCCUGGAGACAAAAACGACGCCGUUUCGUUACUGACCUCCACUUCUUCUCCCUCGUCUACCUCGAUUUUUCGGCAUUGGCCUUGUUCAACCCAUUAUUGCAGCUUCGUCUCGAGCUUCCUCCGAUGACGAAGCAGAAGAAGAAGAAGAAGAAGAAAUCAUUAAAGACGACGCAAGAAACCCCGGCCCCUGCCCCGCCGGAAUAAUCGACUGCUCCGCCGUCGCCGUUAUUUCUCCUGCUCCGCCAUCGCAGAAACCUCAACUUCCACUACACGUUCCGCCUCAGAUUCCUCCUCUCUCUUCCGACGACGAGGAGCUCGUACAGCAGGUGGUGUCCGGCAAUAGGGUUUGUUCAGAUUUCAGUGGGUGUUGUGGGUCCAUUGUUGCUCGAUGGGGUAGAGCACACGGUGCCAAUGGGCACCACCGAGGGCUGUUUGGUUGCAAGCACAAAUAGGGGUUCCUUGAAGACCCAAUCAACUUCGAUUCCCUCGCUGUCGUUUUCGACAAAUGUCAUGGAAGGAAGAAUUUCCUUUCUUCAUUUACUCCCCCACAACACUCACUUUGUCGAUUCUGUUGCGUUUGUUGUUGCUGCUGUGAUUGUUGCUGAAGCUGUUGCUGCUGCUGUUGUUAUGGUUGUUGUUGCUGUGAUUGCUGAGGGUCUUGGGGGAGAGGGGGGAGAGAAGGGGAAGAGAUAUUGUGAAUUGAAGGGGAUUGUUGUUGAGAGAAGUUUGAGAUCGAAGGCGAUUGCACUGAUGUUGAAGGGUUGGGAUUUGAAUUAGGGAUUGGGUUUGGGUUUGGACUUUGGGAAGGCUGGGAUUGAGGGUCCAUGGUAGAGGGUUUAGGUAAGGACGUUGAGGCGUUUAGAGUUUCAGCCAUUUGUAGAAGAAUUGCUUAGUGGAAUUGGAGAGAAGAAAGUGAGUCUAUGAUUUCCACGGCGAUGCGGACAUGGCCAAAUUGGGCGGAGAGGUUGAGUGAAUCGCAAGAGGAAGAAGAAGAAUGAUGGAGGAGGUCGUCGGCGUUGAUGGUGGCUGACGGAGGCGCGGCUGUGCGGCGGUGAUGGAGGCAAGGCUGAGGAAGAAUAAUGGAAGGAAAAGGGACGAAGGAAGAAGAAAGUGGCAGAUGGGGGAGGAGACGAAACGGCAUCGUUUUCGUCUCCAGGGACUUAUACGUCCUGUUACGAAAUGCUCUAUGCCACCUGGCCUCCGUUACGUGCCACCUCAGCGCCACCUCUGCCAGCUCAGCCUUUUCCGUUCAGUGCAAACGACGGAAGGACAUAAAUGUCCACGUUUUUCAAAGGUCAGGGGUUUUAAUGUAUUUUCAAUUGCUUGAGGACGAAAAUGUUCGCAAAAAAAAAGGUCAAGGACGAAAAUGUCCUUUACUCUUAUUAUUAUUAUCUUUAGUAAUGUUUGAUUAUAAUAUGAAUAGCAAUGACCGCCAAAACUGAAGUGGUUCCAACUCAAUACAA